UCUCCAGCCUGCAGAGUUUUCCGUCCAGUGUCAGGAUAACAUCGUAAACGAGGACCACCUGACGGUAAGACCGGACUAAAUGGAAGCAGCGGAGGAAACUCUCACUUACCGAGAUGACACCGGACUUCACAGGAAGCUGCUCCGAGAGGACAAGCAUAAGGACAACACGGACAGUAAGGGACACGCCGAGACUAAAAGCGACGAGUCCAACUAUGUGGAUCUGGACAUGAAACCGGACGGCACAAAAACAGUGAAAGUCACUUUCACUGGCGAGGGAAACCAGCUGUCAGUUAUCAAAUGCGACAGUGCGAGGCAGGGGGAGCAUGGCACGGAGGGUAAAAUCAUUUCAGAGGACUUUGUUGAAGAGCAAUCAGAGGACAAGCGGGCCACCGGCUGCGGCCCUCUUUCGGGUGAGUCUCUCUUGGAAACUCUGACCAAACUUCCCAACACUGAUCCGGACUCAGAGAAUGAGAAGCAGCGCCAGCAGGCCGAGCUCGACGCGAGUGACUGCAGUGAACAUGUGUGCAGUGAGAGUGAUGAGCUCCAGUACACGGACAUGUAUCUGAACAGCAAAACGGAGUCGGAUGACGGUGCCAGCGCGGUGCUGUCCGACCACUGCGGCUCCGACACCUUGGAAGACGAAUCUCACUAUAUCACAACGCACGAAAUCCAGCUGACCGAGCUCGACCACGACGUAGAUUACGACCUGGGGCGUGGGACCUGUUGGGAUUUUGAAGACGAUAACUUGGUUUAUUCCUUUGUGGAUUAUGCCUCGUUUGAAAGCGAUGAAACACAGGAGGGGACUUUGAUACUGGAGGGCAGGAGCCAAGCGAAACUGCAGUCUAAUCUUGGUGGAGCAGUUGUCAGCACUGAGCAGGAGGAGAGUGAUCUUUGUGACUCGGACAAAGGCGCCAGCUCAGAUGAAAGCGUAUGUAAAAACGAAAGCGAAGACGCCGGUGCGGGGAAAAUUCAUUUAUCAAUAAAAACCUCCUCCAGGGCAGUGAACGAACCUGGCAAUAUCUUUGACAACAGCACGUGUGGAUACACAAAACACUUUGGAGACGGGAGCCACUUCUCCUUUGUGAGCUCUGGCGCCAGAGCGGGGCCCUUGUGCGACAGAGCCCAGUAUUUCAUCCCUGCUCCGGGCCGUCAGCACCUUGCAACCAAACUAAGGCGGAAAGAUAUUAAUGAGUAUUCCAGUGGAGCGUCCAGCUCCAUCAGUGAGCUGGAUGACGCCGAUAAAGAGGUGCGUAAUUUAACCGCCAAGUCUUUCCGGAGCUUGGCAUGUCCAUACUUUGAUGCCAUUAAUCUUAGCACCUCCAGUGAGUCCUCUAUGUCGGAAUAUGGGCUAAACAAGUGGUCAGCCUAUGUGGACUGGAAUUAUGGAAACAUAUCGCGGGGAAAAGAGCGAAGCGUAAUUGCGCACAAGACUUCCAGCGCAACAUUGGAAAUGAAUAAGACUGUGGACAGUAAGAGGCAUGGUAAGACCAUCGCCAGCUCGAAAGCAUCACAAACUAAAACGUACGCGGCGAAUAAGAGAACAAAUUCUCAACAAGCUUCAUCAUCUAGCAAAAAGAUUGAACUGAAAGAUCCUGUUCAUCCAAAGCAGCGCGGAGUCACGCUGAAUUUCCGCUGUAAUGUUGCACCUGAAGGAGCGAAGCGUCCAAAGUCCUCCAAGAACGCACGGUCCAGUGAGGUUACUGGGGCCGUGUUGGCCAGGUCAGGGUGUAAGAUGCAAUAUCAUCACACAGACAACACGGGGGAUACACAGAAAAGAGCAAGUUUUGCAUCAAGUCUACUGAAAAAUGUGAUUUCCAAAAAGAUGCAAUUUGAACAGGAGCGCAAAAUGGAGAGGGGCGAAGUUUGCGACAGAUACCCGAUGAAAGACAGGAGUGUGGGAAGAGGCUUGCAAAGGCAAACCUCAGAAUCAGGCUCAGGAUUCACUGUGAAUUCUGCUGAUGAUGAAUAUCUGGAGGGCAGCAGGGCUAGUUCCUGUGAGCCUGCAGAGGAGCAGAAAAGCAACAAAGCGCCGGAUGAUUCAGAAAAGGGACAAUAUGAGAAGAAGGAAUCUUGUGAUCCUCCAAAAGCACAGCUCAGCCACAGUCAAAGUAGUGCAUUUAAUUCAUGGAAAGAGGAUGAGCUAGAUCUUGUAAAGGAGGCUGAAGUCUCCACAGCUGUAAGCGAUACAAAGGAAACCACUGCAAAGGAUGAAUUAGAUACCAGCAGCAUGCUAACAAAACUCCUUUUUGUUCCAAGCUGCCAGCUUCUUUCAAAGGAGAAGGAAUUUACACAAGACUUGUCAAGAAAUACACCUGCCACAGGCAUGCCUGCUGGCCCACAGAAAUGUGAGAAAGUGUUCAAAACGGGCAAUAAUGGAAACAUAGUAGGCAAAGAAGAAAACGAGCAGGGUGGGAAAACACCUGAGAUAAAAAUAUGCCUGAGAAGUGUGAAAGAAAAUAAAGGGUGCACACUGAAUAUUGCUAACCUGUUAACGCCUAAAAUAAGUUACAACACUGUUAACACAUUUAGAGCAGCAGGUGAAACCAAAUGUCACAUUUUGUCUGCGUCAGAUAAGAUCCCAAACUUUACUGUUAGAGACAUAAGAGACACCAAAUGCAAGUUUCAAACUCCAAUAUAUCAUGUCAGAGAUGUGCGUAAAUUAGUAAAAAGUUCAUAUCGCUUUGUUUCUUUGGAUAAUAGUUCCACUGGGCCUUCAGCAGCAGGGGAUAAACUUGAUGAAAAGGCCAAAAAGGAGCCUGUAAAGCAUUCAUUACCAUCUCCUAUUGUGAUUAAAUGCCACUCUGUAAAAACAAAUGUCAAACCAGAGAUAAACGAGGCAUCACAGAAACAGACAGAGGGAGAUGUCCCAUCUGAAACACCUCAAAGUGAAAAUACACCUUCACAUUGCACAACUAACAGGGUGCCAACUGUUGUAGCCAAGCAGCUAAAUCCUGACCAAUCAGAAAUUCAAACGAAUACUGACAGCAAAGUGACAAAACAGAGGCAGGAAAAGUUUUCAGGUGAGACAGCUGAAAGGAGAAAUGAGCCUAAAAUACCAAAACAGGCGGCGUUAGAGAAACUUAAAGCUGCAGUAAAAACAAUGGAGCAGCUUUAUGUUUUUGACAGAAAUGAAUGGAAGCGCAAAACUCAAGCUCCACAACCCAUCACCGACAGCCAUGUGCUUUCACUUAUUGCCCGUGAGGAGCAGGGAGCAGAGGAGCUGGAGGCAACAGCAGGGAGACUAACAGAGCCCGACACACACACUGACAGGAUCCCUCAGUCUUUGAUAAAUGCCACAGAGACAGGCAAAUCACAAGAAGUUAAAAGGUCUCUGAAUAUCAUACACGUUCCAUAUAACGAUGACACGUUUAAAACACAGCAAAGUAAAACAUUCAGUAACAAAAGUGUCCUUCAUUUUGGCAAUGGUAAUAAGGCACGUGUAUGCAUAACUUCAGUUAGUAACCCUGUUCCUCAAAGCUCUGUGCUGCAAACAUCAGCGACUAUGAAAAGCUCCAAGACACCGGUGGCUCCCCUGUCAGUGAAAAUAGAGCCCCAGAAACACGGGCAGGUGGAGCAGAGAAAGGUCAAAAUCAGCCCCACUAAUCCCACAGUCACACAGGGCAGCUUGGACUCUGAGAACUAUUUAACCAUGCCCGGGCUGGGGUACACGAAUGAAAUCAAACUACUGAAUCGAGAGCCGGUUUCCAAGGAGGCGAAUUCAAACAGUAGCCAAACACACACAGGUGACAGCAAGAAGUCUCCAUUAAUCAUGGAGUACCCAGCUUCAACCGUGUACCACCACCCAGCAGCAGCAGCAACAGCAGGCUCACAAACACAGCAGGUGUUGUGUUUUUCUCCCACUGUCACUACUGUGUCACCCACACCUUCAACUGGAGAGACAAUUUCAACAUCACAGCGCAAGAUGCUUUUGGACCCAACUACAGGACAUUAUUACCUGGUGGACACUCCGAUACAGCCAACCACAAAGCGACUGUUUGACCCCGAGACAGGCCAUUAUGUGGAUGUACCCAUGCCCCAUUCACCUGCAGCACCUGUCACCCCUGUGCCUCUCCCUUUGUCCCCAGUGGCACUGAACCCAGGAGCAUACGCCCCCACAUACAUGAUCUACCCAGGGUUCAUCCCCUCACCGACUCUGCCAGCUCAGGCGGUGUUGCCACAGUCAGCAUGUCACUCUGAGGAUGCAGGUGGGGAAAAGGUGAAAAACGCCAGAAGCACUAAGCAUGAAGGUAACGCAACAGGCGGCGAGAGCGUUUAUUACAGCGCAACAGGAGAGGCUCCACUGCAGCUACCUGUGAGUUUGGGACAUGUGAGCGCCAGAGGAAGUACAGCGAGCACUGACAGGAAGCCAGUUAUCAGCAUCACAACACAACAAGGUCCAAGAAUCAUCGCCCCUCCUUCCUUUGAUGGAACAACAAUGAGCUUUGUAGUGGAGCAUCGGUGACCAAGAAAACAUCUCAUUAUACAUAAAUCCCCACUGAGGAAUCUGCCUUCAUCCACUGUAAGUGCAGUUUUCAUCCCCAUCACCCCACCCUGUGAUCUACUCCCCCGGACAACUUCCACCAUCAACAACUUCUCCCCCAUUCUGUUGUGUUGUUUACCCUUGCAGCAGACAUUACUGUAUUUUGUAUGCAUUGCAGCACUUUGUAGGGUAAACGCAUAUAGCCACGUCCGCUGGCUGAUGCUCUGCCAUGUCGACGCCUUAGAAUUAUGAGGUUCUAUCUGCAUUCCGAGUGGUUUUGAGUGAUUGAGGUUCAAAGUUUGACAUCCUAGUUAGCAAAACUGAUAUACAGUAGAGUUCUAGUUUAUUUGUCAAAAUAACAGACACCCUUAAUGUUCUCUAAAUACAGUGUUGUGCAUGAACGCGCUAAAAGAGCGUGUUGAUUGAUGUUUUUGGUGAAUGGUGAACUAAACAUAUCCGUUUGCAACUAAUGAACGUGAACGUGAGCAUGAGCAUCAUUAACUCUUGUGGGAGUUAACGACGCUCACGCACGCACUGUGUUGUACGGCACCCGGGGAUUUAUGGCUCCCGGCAUGGCUAGUGCAACUGGCAAUUCAGACGCAGCUACAGUACCAGUACUGCUGAAGCCAGUUCAUGUGAAUAUUUGAAGGAGUUUUAUGAAUAAAUCCGUACAGAGUCCAAAUGAAAAAAUGUCACAUUUUCAUGCAAAUUUUGCCCUCCGAGAAUGAAAAAACAAGAGCCUGGUCUUUUUUGCCAUUAUUGCUUUCUCUAAAUUGUGUGUUCUGCAGAACUGAAAUCAUAGCGCAUCUUUCAGCUCGCGACUGUAAUGAAGCCAGUGGUGGCUCGCUUGGAAGCAUAUGAAUCUAUUUUUUUGUUCUUGAACUGCUGCAUAAUUUGGUUCAUGCAGGCUAAAUAAAAUUUCCAUUGCAUCUACAGUAUACCUUUACUGCACCUCUUUUUUGACUUUCUGCAUAAUAUGACACAUUGUUUAACUGGUAAAACAUAUAUUCACAUUGGUUUUUCUUGGCUUUUAAAAGUAAUCUCUGUCUGUGAUUCUAUAGUAGUAUACAGUAAUUCAUUUAGAUUGGGAAGUGGGCAGUGGUAGUGAUUGGGGCUGGGGAUGGAUGAGCAGGAGGAGGUUCUAUUGAAAAAGAAUAGCUCGAAGCAGUUUGUUUAAAAAAAAACUGAAGAAAUGAAUGUGAACUAAUCUGUGUGAUCUGAACUUUGAGCUAGCUCUUGUGAAGUGUGAACUUGCACAACACUGUCUAAACAUAUGAUGUCAAAAUCCUAUCACAUUUUUAAAUGGGGUUUUUAUGUUCAGGUGUUUUUCAGAUAGAACCUUCUAACUCUGAGAACUCACUUUUCAUGUGGGAUUAUAAACUUCUAUCUGCUUAGGCUUCACAGAAAGCUGUAAUUUUGAUGAAAAAAGUAAACAGAUUAGUCUUAUUUUGUUUUAAUACACACGAUCAAUGUAUGAACUGAAGGGAGUUAUGAUUUAAGAUAAUUGGGCACAGACAACAAUUCACCUGCAUGUUUUAAAUUUAGACAUAACUACACUCUCACUGAUAAUACAGUUCAUAAAGUUUUUCCACCAACAAAAUUCAAGACAAUUAGAAAAAACAUUUUUAAAUUUGCUGAUAUUUUCUUUCCUUGCUCUGCUUUGUUUUGUUGGAUUUUUGCUGCUCUCCCUUUCAUAACUCUUCUUGUCUGUUUGUGCUCCCAAAGUUACUUUUUUUGCUUCUUUCUUGACAGACUGGGAUCUCUGUCAGUGUCUGAGCUCUGAAUGUUCCUCUGUCAUCACUGUCUGCUGCAGGGCUCAAGUUAUAAUGUUAAAGACACACAAACCCAGUUAGCAACAGGCAGCAUUAGCAUUAGCAUCAGCAACUAGCAGCCUGAAAUUAUCUCAUAUUCUUACAUAUUAACAUUUUGGCUUUUAUUAGUAGUCAGAUUAAUUUAAGUCACUAAUAAUAACAUUAAUAAUUGAUAGCAAGUGUGCUAACUGGGUAAUUAAACUCAGCAAACCAGCUGACUAUCAUGCUAGAUAAAAGUAAAAAUUAAAAAAGACUAAAAACUGACUUUCAGCUCAGUUGGUUUUUGUAUUAGUGUCAUACAUAAUUAUUUUUGAAAAAAUAAUCAAUUAAGAGGUUUCAAAACUUAAGAUUGAGCAUUUCAUGAUCUUUCAGCUCCUUUAACCACAGUCACAGAGCAGUGAGGUCACAUGGUAAAGAGGUGGAACCUGAUUGGUCCUCCUGUCUACAUUCCCAGCACUGAUUGGUGCUUUGCAGAUGGAACCUUAUAGCACAAAGUUUGAGAUUGUUUUAUGAGAUAGAACCCUUUUUUCAGAUUUUAAGGGCCAAUAAUGCAGAAAUCAAAAAAUAAACCUACACAAAAUGUCAGUAACUUGCAAAGAAUAGUUUCAUGUGAAUAACUAAUUUUUGACAAAAAUGUGAGAUAGAACCUUAUUAAUUCUAAAGUCACAGUGUUGCUUUAUGAAUCUGCUUUGUAAUGCUUUCAAUUCAGCUGCUGUCUUGAUCUCUGUUGAAAUGCUGUUUCACUGCAACUCUAUUCAAAAGGAAACAAGGCAGGUUUUCUAUUAAGAGUUCUGUGUAAGUCAUUAUUGGCAAUGACUUGUUUUAUUAAUACGAAUUUAAUUUUAUCAUACAUUUUAUCAUACAUUUAAAGCAAAACUAUGUAACUUCUGAAAGAGAUAACACAA